AUGCCGGGAACCUCACGGGAGCCUCGGGGCGCUGCUAUCAACGAGUCAACCCCGCUGCUGAACAAUAAUUCUCCCGAUUUACUCUCAUAUUCUGGCGAAGUCAACGCCGCGACAGAUAAUGGAUCGUCCACCAUAUUGUCGUCGGACGAUGACCCCACUCUCCUCAGUCUCUCUCGGGUCAAUUCGCUCCCUCAAGGCUUAGAAAUCGAACCGAAUCUCGAGCGCGUCACCUCAAUCACGAAGCCUACACCGACUGAUGCAGAGGGGAGCGCCCCGAAGGAAACCACCGGUUAUGCAUCGCGUUUUAUAAACGUCUCGCCGGUGAGGUUUUGGCUGAUCUUCUCGGGCAUCUUACUGGGCUAUGUCAUAGGCUUCUUUGACUCAACCUUGAUGGCCUCCAGUCACCCAGUGAUUACGUCACAUUUUCACGCUUCAAAUGCAGCCUCGUGGUUGUCCACAGCGUUUCUGUUGACGUCGACUGCGUUCCUGCCUCUGUUCGGACGGGUCUCCGAUACGUUCGGCCGGAAGCCCGUGUAUUUGUUCGCGAUCGCCAUCUUCUUUCUUACCACCGCCUGGUGUGGGUCCGCCCAGAGCAUCGGGAGCUUCAUUGCAGCCCGCGCCUUUUGCGGACUUGGAGCCGGCGGGGUCUUUUCCAUGGGAAUGAUCCUGUCCAGCGACUUGGUCCGCAUUGAAUAUCGCGGUGUCUACCAGUCCUACAUCAACCUAUUCCUCGGAGUUGGGGGCUGUUUGGGUCUCGCCUUUGGUGGAUAUCUGUGCGAUCAGGUAGGAUGGAGAGGUGCGUUCUACGUCCAACUGCCCUUUAUCCUCGUCUAUUUUAUCGUCGCAGCGUGGACUACCCCGACCGACCUGGGCGUGAAGACGGCCAGGGCCGAGCGCAAGUCGUUCCGGCAAUUGAUCAAGCAGCUUGACCUGUUAGGUUCGUUGAUCUUGGUCCUGGGGGUCACGGCAUUGAUCAUGGGCCUCAAUCUGGGCGGCAACGUGUACAGCUGGACGCAUCCCGUCGUCAUCACGUCCUUGGUCCUGGCCGUGGUCUUGGCCGCCGUCUUUGUGCGCUACGAACGCAACGUGGAGCGCGCCGUGAUGCCGAUCUCGUUCCUGUCGCGGCAGCCUCGCGCGAACCUGAUCUUUGGAAACUUUUUCGGGUCCAUCGCAGUCAAUACCAUGGUAUUCAACGCGCCGUUGUAUUUCCAGGCCGUCAAGCUGGCGACCCCGACGGAAUCGGGACUUCGGUUGGUAGCGGCCACGCUUGCCGUCACCGUCUCCAGCGUCUCGACUGGCUUUUUGAUCACCUGGUCGAAACGCCUGAAGCCGACGGUUAUUAUUGGAGACGUCUUUCUCUUCCUCGGCGGUUGCGCUGCGGCUUCCAUGAAUGUAGGCACGCCCGAUGCAAUUGCCAUGAUCUGCGUUGCCCUCUGCAGUCUCGGGCAAGGGUUUUCCUUCCCAUCAUUGAUGGUCUCCGUGCUCGCGACCAGCGAGCCCGACGAGCAGGCCGUGGCGACGACAACCCUGGGCUUAUGGCGGAACCUAGGAUCCGUGAUGGGCGUGGCCACCAGCAGCUGGAUCUUCCAGAACACGCUGAUCUACCAUCUCGAUCGUAUGGUCACCGGACCGGAGAAAGACCACAUCAUCUUCCUUGUGCGCAAGUCCGUCCAGGCCGUCGCCACGCUGGACCCGACCCACCAACAAGAAGUGAUUGGAGCGUAUGCGGCCGCCCUUCGUGUAACCUUCGGCUCUGCGGCACUCUGGGGCGCAAUGAUGCUGCUCAUGCACUUUCGACUCCGGUUGCCUCGACUAGGCAGGCUGAUUGCGAGGCAUACAACCAAGAAACUCGGGGUUCUAGAUAUCUUAUCGCCUGAGGACAGGCUAGUGCAAUCCACCAUGACGUCUGCCGUGGAGGACCACGUCUUCCCCGCCAUGGACCUGGACAUCGCCAGAGACCUGCUCGGCGCAGGGGACAUCCUCGGCCUAGAGACAUCGAACGACAACGUCUCGUUAUCGGACAAUCCCGCAGGGGACAGCAAUACUCGCGAGGCCGAGGAAGACGACAUCCCGACACCAAACAGCGGGUCGUUGAGCGCGUCACGCACCCCCGGCAGCGACACCCCGCGACGACGGCGCCGCGAGGCCGUGAUCCGGAAGUCCCGACGCGUGCGCACCGGCUGUCUGACCUGUCGCGAGCGGCACCUGAAAUGCGACGAGGCGCUGCAUCGGUGUCAGAACUGUCGGAAAUCAGGCCGGGUGUGUCGCCGCGGUGUGAGGCUUAAUUUCAUCGAUACGCAGGUCGUCGCCCCGCCUCAUGAUCUGACCCCCUCUCCGGGGCAUCGAGUCACGUUCCGGGACGAGUCGAGGCAUAUAGCGUCGGAGUAUGUGGGCGGGUUUGAAAGAUAUCCUCCCCCGACGGUGGAGCCGCAGUUGGACACGGGGAGUCUGUUGAGCCCGCCGUUGGCCUCGCGAUAUAAUACGACGGGGGUUUCGGGGAGAUCAGGCUCGGGGAUGGGUCAGGCUGAGGGACUCGGUUACUCGCCGAAUGGUCGUUCGGUUUCGACGCCUCAGUUGCUGCCUGAUCGUAGCGCGUCUUUUGCGCCCUUCAAAUCGGCCAAGCAGGGGCGAAUGGGGCCUAGUAAUGCCUGUUUGAGUAAUCCGGAGGAGGUGUUUUUGGUGCAGACCUUCGUCGAGGAGGUGGGACCGUGGAUAGAUUCGAUGGAUGAAAUGAAGCACUUUACGAAUAUCCUGCCGUUCCAUGCGCUGGAGGAACCGAUGCUUCUCAAGGCGUUCAUGGCCUGUGGUGCUCGCCAUCUGUUCCAGGUGAACCCUUCGUAUGGCGAGGGGAAGGCCUCGUAUUUCCAUGACUUGGCAUCGCAGGAUCUUCUAGGCUUGCUGCAGGACCCAGAUCGCGAUUCUGUCCUGUGUGCGACGGCGGCUGUUAUAUUGAAUAUCUACGAAUCGAUGACCUCCAGGUCGAUGAUAUCGGUCCAUGGAAUGAACCACAUCGCCGGCGCAAGGGCCCUGAUCAAGGAAAAUCGAUGGGAGGCAACAAGCCCAGGUCUCGGCGGGGCAUGCUUCUGGCUGAACGUCAGCAUGGAGCUGCUCAGCUGUCUACACUUCAACUGGACAUUAGCCUGGGACCCCGACGCCUGGGGUGUCGACAUGAACAUGGAGCAAACGCAGUCCAGUGUGGCGGGGAACGAGGAACUCUGGACCCACCGCAUGGUCUACAUCUGCGCGAAGGUCGCGAACUUCCGGUCGACCUUCUCGCACGUCCACGGUCUAGAUCACUCGACCGCGCAGAUCGACCAAUGGUAUCAGGACUGGUGCACGUACAACGAGUGGUGCGACCAAUGGGCAAAUGCCGUGCCACGCUCCAUGACGCCGCUUGGCUACCUGCAGCCCUGGCAGACGAAUUCGAAAUCCGUUUUCCCGGAGAUUUGGCUCAUCAAGCGAUCGUCCAUCAUCGCCCGUCUCUUCUACCAUACCGCUCGCAUCUUGUUGACGAAGAUCCAUCCACUAGAGUCGGAAUUCAGCCCCGAGAUGCAAAGCCUACAGCAGAGUCAUGCGCACGAUAUCUGCGGGAUCGUAGCACAUACGAAAGACCGCGGAAUCUCCACCCUCUGCACCCGCUUCCUCUUCAUCGCCGCAUCCUGCCUCGCCACGCGCGACGCGCAGGACGAAAUCCUCAACACAAUCGACCGCAUCAAGGAGAAUGGCUGCCGCGUCGAACACCUCAAAGACGAGCUACAAGAGGCGUGGGGCUGGACCCUGCACUCUCAUAGCCAUAGCCACGACGUCGCUGUUGGAGUCGAAGUCGACAGUCUGUUCGGCGAUCACGCAUUCAACCCGGAUCCGGAUCCGUCGUCGUCGAUCUUGAAAAUGCAUCCUGCGGUCGUGUCAAAUCCACUCCUCGCGUUCGCAGACUUUGAGCUGGAGAAUCAUCCGUACCAGGGGUUUUAUGUUAAGCCGCGGGUGCACCACGGCCGAGACCACAAACUUCGCAUGUGGAAGAUCCGACCACAAGACGAGGCAGUCUUACAGAAAACCCUCCCUGUUGAUGUCCAAACCGAAACCCAAGGAUGUGACGGGAGUCAGCCAUGGAUGGUCCAUUCGCUACCGGUCAACGCGUUGAAUUUCUGUGCGUUUUCGAUCUGGUUCAUUGAUGGUCCUUUUUCUCCGUCGUCAUCCUCGGGGAACGUCUCAGACGGGCUUCGUAUGCAGACGCAUUUAGAAGGACAAACAGGGUCGGGGCCAAAGACAACAUCUCCUCUUCCUCCUAGUAGCGAGGAAGCAUCCCCUCCUACAGAUAAAAGCUUCACUCGUCUCCUAGCGGCCCCAAACGCCCUCGACUCUGGCGCUGUGGAUAUCUUCCAUCUCCCGCUCGAGCGAAGAGUCUGUACGAUUCCGCCCCCGGAAGGCAUCACGCCCGGGAUGGUCAUGGCCGUGGAACUAUUCAUGGAUUCCGCGAAAGGCGAUGUCUACGUAGCGUCGGGCUAUGAGGACGGACAUGUGAUGGUGUUCCGAUGUCGCGGGGUCUUGAAAGACCGAGACACGAGUACAGAGAGUCGGAAUCAGCCAUGGAAUCGAAAAUGGGACUGGGAAACGCUAUAUGUAUCGCGCGUUCACACGCAGCCGGCAUUGUCGAUCGAUGUUUCAAAGAAUGGGGGAUAUGUUCUCUCGUCUGGCGCGGAUGCGAUGCUUGUGAAACAUCCUGUUCCGGGAUGGGAUGUUGUCGGUACCAUUGCCGGUGCUGCUGGAGAGCCCUCCGACAAAGCGCUUAAGACGGUGAACACGAAACAUGCAGGCCAGCAGGGUCUUCGGAUCCGGGAUGACGGAAAGAUCUUCGCUACGGCGGGGUGGGAUUCUAGGGUGCGGGUGUAUUCGUACAAGACGAUGAAGGAAGUGGCAGUUUUGAAGUGGCAUAAGGAGGGAUGUUAUGCGGUGGCGUUUGCGCAUGUCGAGGCUGCUGGCGCUCUGGAUCUGUCUGGAGAGCAGAUGUCAGAAUCGGAGGCAGGAAUGCAGAUACAGAGUGACGACAAGGCUCCCGCAGGAGAACUGACAAAACGCACAGAAUUCUCCCUUGCGACAGUCCAGCAGCAAAGGAACCAGAAAGUACAGAAAACACACUGGUUAGCGGCCGGGUCUAAAGAUGGCAAGAUCUCAUUAUGGGACAUCUAUUGA